AUGGUGACGCUGUGGAGGAGCUACAUAAAUACGACCCUGGCAUUCCACAUGUGAUUGUACUUUUGAUAUUGACUGUGCCAGUGUAGGGAACAUGCACUCAAUAGGGCAACAUGACCCAGACUUAAUCGUGAAUGCAGGCAAGUAAAAGUGACCCGGAUCAAACGACAAGCGUGGGAAGGAGUGACACUUAACAGCGGUUGGUACGAACCUCUUUCAGUGAUGUUUCUUGCUUUGGGAUAUAUUUCAUUGGUUCAGUGGUAUCGACGAUGUCGCAGACGUGAAGUCCUCAUGUCGGCAGUCCGCCAUGUCGUACGUACCAGCAGCAUCGUAGUAAGCAGAAUAGUAACUGUAUCCUCUAAGCAGGCUCACUACUCUGAGUUUGUCAAACCAAAAUCACCCGGAGUUCGAACCCAGUUGCACGACGACGAUACAAUUCUACUGUCUUCGAUCACCCCCAAGAAUACCGUAAAUCUGUCAACAUGGAGUCGGUUUGGAGAGACAAGUGAUAGUCAGCCACAUGAGUUGCAUGUUUUACUGGAGGGAAAUAUAUCUACAGAAGUUCCAGAUCUUGGUCACCACUGGAUCUUAAAAUAUUGCCAACCAAUAGCAUGGACACGUGGUGCACGCGCAGGAAUUCUGGUAGGAUGUAGCGUUGAUGAUUUCAUCGACAUGUGUACCAUAUUAGGUGAAGAAAGUCCGAAAGAGGGAGAAGGUUUAGAUCUUGUAUCAAUGCAGACAGUUAUGACAGAAAAUGGACCAGGGGGUGACAGUGGGAUCAGCCUCCCUGAUCCUGUGGACAUUCAGCGGUCUCAUCUGAAGUCGGAUCAGUCCAAUCCAACUGAUAGUUCAGCAAAUGUCCAAGAAACAUCAAAAUCAGAGUUGACAAAUGAGGAUAAAUCAGUAAAAGCUUUAAGCCCUAAACCACCCAAUAUUUUGAUCUACUGUGGAAAGCAUGACUCAGUUCGACAAUUUCAGAGUGUCUCUGAAGUUAUCACUGAUUGUGUGAACACGGACUCAUACACUGUCUACCAUCUGAAACAUGACCAGGUCACAACCACGCCCUGGCUAGACAACACUGUUCUGCUUGUCAUAGCUACCGAACGCCUUUACGACGGUACAAACGAUAUUUUCCUUGAUUAUUACAACAAUGGAGGGCAGGUGAUGAGUUUUGGAAGCAUGUUUGAAACCAAGUUUCUUGAGAGAGAGGAAUUUCAACCCAGAGCAAGUUUAUCCGUCUUCAGUAUGAGUGAGAAAUGGAAAGACGUGAAAUGCAUCCGAGGAAGAUACAACUACAAGGGCUAUGUUGGCGUGACGUCAGGAGUAUGUGUCGAUGUGCUGGCCCGGGACUAUCAACAAGGGAAGCCGGUGAUGAUGGGAAUCUCUGGGCAAGGGACAGCUGCAGGCAAAGCUGUUCUUUCCCAGCUGCAUUUAGAAAAAGAUCCAUCUGAAGCUGCUAUGGAUCCAGACACAUUUGACCAGCUGAAGUACAAUAAUUCGGCUCGGAUUGAAAUCUUAAAAUACCUCCUGACAUGGCUUGGGCUGGACUGUUCUCAACAGAGGAUACCCCCUCUGACGCCAGCAUCUCUGUUGACAAACUCUCCAAAAACUAAGGAGUUGUUCCUUUCAUCUUUAGAGAAUCGACUUAAGGGAAGGUGCUUGACCUCUAGGUCAGUGAAUCUUGAGUUCAUCGCUACAGAUGUUCAGAAUCUUACAGUGAGUAGUUCCCAUCUGCCUGUAUUAACUUCAGGACCUCACAAACACAAAUACUUCAGUGAAGAAGCGUAUUGGAAAAAUUUGAAAACAUCAUGUCUUGGUCAAACAGUUCUUUACGCUGAUGUGAUACCAACAACAAUGACCUUAUUUGAAGGACUGCAGUUUUCCGUUUCCGAGAGUAUUGGAGUAGUGGCAAUAGCAGGCAGGCAGACGAGCGGGAAGGGGCGAGGGGGGAACGCGUGGUUAAGUCCCGAGGGAUGCGCCAUGUUUAGCCUCCAUGUCCGGGUCCCUACCAACAGUCAGCUCGGACAGAGAGUAACCUUCCUUCAACACAUCACAGCACUGGCAGUGGUCAGCGGCAUCACGUCCAUGGCAGGGUACGAGAACCUUGACCUGAAGCUGAAAUGGCCGAAUGAUAUCUACUACAGCAAUAAGAUGAAACUGGGUGGAGUCAUAGUCACGUCGACCAUCAUGGGAUCUACAAUUCAUGCGAUUGUCGGGUGUGGGUUUAAUGUUACGAACAGAAACCCGACCAUCUGUAUCAACGACAUUGUCCAACAGUAUAAUGCUGUUCACGGCACAGACUUACCCCCCUGCUCGACUGACCAGCUCAUUGCCAGGACGGUGACUCAUAUCGAGAGACUCGUCACAGACUUCCAGACCCAUGGACAUCGUCAGUUCUGUGAGAGGUACUACAAGAGCUGGCUUCACAGCCGGGUGCGUGUGACUGUGGAGAGUGAGGGGGGUAAGGAGGUGACAAUUACGGGGAUGGAUGACUUUGGAUACUUGGAGGUGGUGACGGACAGUGGCCGUAGGUUGAGUGUCCAGCCCGAUGGAAACACGUUUGACAUGAUGCGCAACCUUAUCUCUAUUAAACCACGCUAACGCACUUAUGCAGAAUUAACCAUGGUAACCACACUGAAUUGCUUGAUAAGCAUUACUUAGAAGUUGACGGAUAACAAAGUAGACACAAUAUAUGGAUAACAACUUCUUUAAUACUGUAAAGGCGACGUUUCGGUAUAGAUCCUUAUACCGUUGUCAAGCAAGACUGAACAUUGUGCAGAAUAUAUAUAGUGAUUGGAGAAUUAACAGAAGAGGAUUUACAGUAACAACAAUAGCAUACAUGAGUGGGAUAACAUGAGUAGGUAAUGACAACAGAAGGAUAAUACUGUCACAACAUGAUGGACAGAGAACACAUUGGUGAAAGCCAAUGGGACAUGAAGCCAAAUAAACAGGAUAAGUUUGCAUCGGUGUGGUGAUUGCUUAAUGAGUUCAUAGUAGGUGGAUGGGAUGAAAUAGCCUUGAUCUCUGUUGAUUGAUGGCUUGUGGCGGCAAAUGUGGACAGCUUCUGUUAGUUUUCUUUUAGUGAAAUCAUGGAGGUUGCUGGAGAGGAUUUGGACGUUGUCCCAGUUGAUGUUGUGAUUAGGACAGUUGCUGAUAUGGUCCGAGAUGGCUGAUUUGAUGGUUGAGGUUUUGUGCUCUUUGAUUCUGGUGUAGAUGGGGCGGGAUGUUUCAAAUACGUAAGAUUGUUUACAGUGGCAGUCAAUUUUUUAAACUACACCUUUAGGCUCUUUGGGUUUGGUGGUGUUCCUGCCGUUGGCUCUUAGUAGGGUAUUGAGGGAGGUGGAACUGGUGAAGUAGGUGUCAAUGUUGGCUUGUUGUUUGAGGAGGCAACUGAUGAUGUGGGAGGCUUUCCCAAUGAAAGGGAGGGUGAUGCGGAAGGGCGCUGACUUGGGUUUAAGGGUCGCAGAUCUGGAUGUGGGAUGGAGUACCGAGGAGAUGAUUUUGUCGACCAGAUUGGGUGGAUAAUUGUUGAGGUGGAUGAAGACAUCCACAGAUGACAUCCUUACCUUGUCAGCUUGCUGACAGGGUUAACCUCUUUGGUCAUAGGGCAAGGCGUCCGACCUCGGAUCAGAAAGGGUCCGUUGUUCGAAUCCCAUCACGGGACUCUGAAAUUUCAUGGCCGCUACACUUGGCAGAGUUUAUCGAUAUCAGGUCUCUACUAAGAACCAUCAGCAGAACACAACCAAACCCCAACACAAUAAAGCGACAACUUUGCCAUCAUAACUCACUACUUUGAAGAAGGAAUCACUUUAGCAAUGACUUUAAAGGGGCACUGAUCUAACGGACUGGUUGUUGCCUUUGUUAUUGUUUUUCCCCCGUGAGUACCCGGAUGAUACGCAACGCAACUGAGCGUGACCAGAGACUGGGGUACCGUCUGGAAGGACAG